AUGAACCUCCAACCAGACGACCGCGCUGCGCGAACCCGCGACAAAUCCCCUGCAGGCGCGCGCCCGCGCUCCGCGAGCAAUGCCAGAGCUCCAUCGCCAGGCCCAGCAUACAACACCACGACCGCGCAGCCUCAGUAUAAUAUCGUUAGCCCUCCAGGUAUAUCGCCAGUUUCGCAAAAUGCCGCCUCACAGCCCGUGCAGGCCCUGCCAGGCUUGUCGAGCUACACAGCACCCAUUACCUCUGAACCCAUUACUAUGGGCGAUUACACAGACCUUCCACCAAACGAGAGGCCUCAGUUCAUGCAGCAAGCUCAGGCUCAGUACACCAUGGCCCAGUCUUUGAACCCAUCAGUGUCGCCGAACAUCCAAUAUACCAAACCAGCUGCCCAAAUAGCUCAGCACUCUGGAUUUACUAUGAGCAUGCCAUCCACCGGUACCACGCCGCAGCUUAGUAGGACUGCCCCCCAGUACCAGACAGCGCAGCCCGGCGGCAUUCAAUACGCUGCAGUGCCUGGCGGAAUCAAGUACACAGCAACGCCUGUCACAGCAACUCAAGGCCAGCCUGCUGUUGCGCACUCCAAAACUGCGCAGUCAAAGAAAGGAACUGCAUCCCAGCAACAGAAGCCGGCGUACAUUAUGAAUGCGAAGCCACAGCUCUCGCAGCAGAGUACUCUACAGAGUCCAGCACCAUCCGCCCCUGCUCGCGCACCGUCACCGCAGCCUCAAGGCCAAGGAUAUGCCCAGAACGCAAACAUCGUCGAGAUAGUACCAGGAGGGAGAGGCAAGCUCGGUGCACCGCCAUCGCCGGGUCUCCAACCUCACAGACUUUCAGUGCAUGGGCAGCGUCCCGACCUCGGCGCCCCGCCGUCGCCGGGGCUUGUACCUCGAAUGGAUAGGCUCUCAGUCAGCGGGAACAGACCGGAUAUGCCCACCCUUAUGCCCGGCGGCUUUCCCGGUGCGGGAGGUAUGUUCGGCGGUUUACCCCCUCCCAGCCCCCUGCUGGAAGCAUACCACGGCACGUAUCAGAGCAUCUCGCCAAUGCCGAGUCCCAUGAUGCUCCCUCACGACGACGAGCUCGACAUGCUACCCCAGCUGUCACCACAGCUGUCUGCUCCCUCGUUCGAGGCAGGAGGAGGUCGACGCCGUCACCGUGCCCACUCCUCCGCCUCUUCACAGCUCAUAGGCCCUCUAGCAGACAUGGACGGGCAGAAAGACAAGCGGCGCGUGAAGCUCUAUCCCGCCGAAGACGACGCGCGCGACAUCGCCGACGCGCUCGGUCGCCGCAGCGGUGUUGACAACCAGGUCCUAAUCGACAUCCUGCCCACACUGACUCAUGACCAAAUCCUCGAGCUGCGCACCGAAUACAAGCGCGUCGCCAAAGUCCAGGGGCGCGGCAUCAACAUAACCAAGCACAUCAAGCUGAAAACAAGCGGCAACUUCGGCAAGAUCUGCUACGUAACCGCGCUCGGCCGGUGGGAGAGCGAAGGCUACUGGGCGAACUACUGGUACCAGUCUCAGUCCUCGAAGCGGGAGCUCCUGAUCGAAGCGCUCAUGGGUCGCUCGAACCGCGAUAUCCGCGCCAUCAAGCAGAGUUUCAGCGACAAGCGGUAUGGCGAUAGCCUCGCGCGCUGUAUGGACGCUGAGCUCAAGCGCGACAAGUUCCGCACGGCUGUGCUGACUGUGCUGGACGAGGCCCGCCAGGAAGAACACGAUGUCUGGCCUGUCGAGUACCGGAACCGCGAUGUCGACGCGCUGCAUGAGGCUCUCUCGCGGCGUGAGGGCGGGGAGAGCGCGAUGCUGCAGAUCGUGAUUACGAGGUCGGACGCGCAUCUUCGCGAGGUGCUGCGCACGUUCGAGCGCAAGUAUCAUGUGAACUUCGCACGGCAGGCGUUGAAGAAGAGCAACAAUCUUGUUGGCGAGAUCAUCGCGCAUGUGCUUAAUGGCGCGCUGAAUCGGCCGGCCCGCGAUGCCAUGCUGCUGAGGCACGCGCUGUUGGAUCUGCAGGAGCCGCCGGCGGAGAGGGCGUCGAGCCCGACGAAACAUGCGCGCCAGCAGCGGUGGGACCUGCUGAUCUCGCGGCUCGUGCGGCUGCACUGGGAGCCGAAGCAUUUGAGGAUUGUGAAGAGGGAGUAUAGGGAGAAGUAUGGGAAGUAUGUCGAGGAAGACAUCGAGGACACUUGUAGAGGCGAUUUUGGCGAGUUCUGCCUGGCGUUGCUGGAGGUUUAG